AUGGACGCAUUCUCAGGGUACAAUCAAAUACUCAUGCAUCCAGAAGACCAAGAGAAGACGUCGUUUGUCACUGACCGCGGGAUCUAUUGCUACAAAGUCAUGCCGUUUGGGUUAAAAAACGCCGGCGCAACUUACCAGCGGCUAGUCAAUGCAAUGUUCAAGGACCAGCUAGGGGAUACCAUGGAGGUCUACAUCGACAAUAUGCUAGUCAAGUCCAAAAAUUCACAUGACCAUGUGUCGCACCUACAACAAUCAUUCGACGUCAUUCGAAGGUAUGGCAUUAAACUCAACCCCACAAAAUGUUCUUUUGGAGUGUCUGCAGGUAAAUUCUUGGGGUACAUCGUUACGAAGCGGGGCAUCGAGGCUAGUCCAGACCAGAUCAAGGCUAUCCUCAACAUUCAGUCACCGCGAAAUCUAAAAGAAGUACAAAAGCUAACAGGACGUGUCGCCGCUCUGAAUCGUUUUAUCUCAAAAUCCUCGGAUAAGUGUCAGCUGUUUUAUGACGUCCUAAAGAAGAAUAAAGGAUUUGAUUGGACGCCAGAGCACGAACGAGCCCUCCAAGAUCUCAAGCAAUACUUGAUGACACCGCCUCUCCUGUCCAAACCAGUAGCCGACGAGCCGCUGCAAUUAUAUGUCGCCGUCAGCGAAUCCUCGGUAAGUGCCGUCCUGACCAGGGAAGGACAAGAAGGACAGUUGCCAGUGUACUAUGUAAGUAAGUCUUUGGUCGACGCCGAAACCAGGUAUUCUUCUCUGGAAAAGCUCGUCCUAGCAAUAGUGACGGCGUCCAAGAAACUGAAACACUAUUUUGAAGCACAUUCUAUCCAUGUCAAAACUAACUACCCCGUUAAGUCUAUUUUAAGACGUCCAGAAUUAACUGGAAGAAUGAGCAAGUGGGCAAUUGCGCUAAGCAGUUAUGACAUCACAUACCAGCCUCGAACAGCGAUAAAAUCGCAAGCAUUAGCGAAUUUUGUGGCUGACUUUAGCCCACGACUGGAGGCGAUAGCCCAGACGGAGGUAAGUAUGCUUGAAAUUAACACAACUAACAAUAAGUGGAUUUUGCAUGUAGACGGGUCUUCCAAUUUUCGGGGCGCCGGGUUAGGCGUCCUGCUAAAGUCGUCACAAGGGGACAUCAUAGCCCGGGCUAUUAGUUGCGACUUCAAAGCCACCAACAACGAGGCAGAGUACGAGGCACUGUUAGCAGGGUUGACAUUAGCCAAAGACCUAAACGCCACUGAAGUAGAAGGAUACAGUGAUUCGCUGCUCAUCGUCAGUCAAAUAAAAGGGGAAUUUGCCGCCAAGGAUUCCAAAAUGACGGCAUAUCUUGACGCUGUCCAGGCAAAGGUAAAAUCUUUUGUGAAGUUUGACAUUUUUCAGAUUCCCAGGGACCAAAACACGCAAGCAGAUGCAUUAGCAAACAUCGGAUCAGCUAUGAGGAAGUCAGGGUUCAAGAGCAUACCCAUAGUGCAUUUGUCGUCCCCUGCCGUCUGUAAGGCAAAGAAGGAUGACACCAGCCAAAUGAUGACGGACGUCAAUGGCGUCGACACCAGUGACGUCACGACAACGUCGACAAGUUGGCAGACUCCCUUCAUCCAAUACCUUAAAGACGGUACCCUCCCCGAAGACAGGUUACAGGCCAGAAAGGUAUGUUUCAAAGCCUCGAUGUAUGUUUUACUUGAUGGUAUACUCUUUCGGAAGUCUAUUGCAGGACCAUACUUGAGAUGCCUCGAUGGCGACGAAUGCCAACAAGUACUACAAGAAAUGCACGACGGAUGUUACGGCAAUCAUUCGGGAGGAUGCAGUUUGUCCAAUAGGACUUUGCGCAUGGGAUACUACUGGCCGACGUUACGACGAGACGUCGUCGAAUAUGCUAAGAAGUGCGACGCCUGCCAGCGUCAUGCCGCCAUGUCGCACCAACCUGCGGACAAACUACACCCUACCAUCACUCCAUGGCCCUUCAUGAGGUGGGGGAUGGACAUCGUCGGGAAACUCCCCCAAGCACCGGGGCAAAAAGUGUUCAUGCUAGCUUUAACAGAUUACUUCUCUAAAUGGAUUGAGGCUGAUUCAUUCACCCAGGUACGCGACAAAGAAGUUAUUACUUUUAUAUGGCGUAACAUCACAUGCAGGUUCGGUGUCCCUUCCGAGAUCAUUUGCGACAACGGCUCCCAAUUCAUAAGCACACCCACAAGGAAUUUCUUGGCCAAAUGGAAUAUACAACUCAGCACCGUGACGCCUAGAUAUCCGCAGACCAAUGGUCAAGCUGAGUCCAGUAACAAGUCAAUCAUCCAAGUUAUUAAGAGGCGUCUCAAAGCAGCCAAAGGUAAGUGGGCAGAAGAACUCCCGUCAAUUCUUUGGGCAAACAUAACUACUCCGCGGACGGCGACGGGGCAAACACCUUUCUCUCUAGUUUAUGGGUGUGAAGCGGUCCUUCCUCCUGAGGUGCGCAUCCCGACGUCACGUUAUGGGCUGUUGAUGCCAGGUAGAAAUGACGAAGAACUGGGCCAUGACAUCGUCACAAGUGAAGAAUUAAGAGAAGCAGCCCUUGUUCGAAUGGCGUCGUAA